CGAGUGUCGUGUCUGUGUUAAGACUUGUUCUAUGUUAUAAGUAAUGAAUUUAUUUUUAUUCGUAUUAUUUUUUUUCAUAAAUCAUGGUGCGUCCAAACAAACAUUUAAUGGUGUUGAAAAAAUCACAAAAAGAAACUACGAGUGUAUAGACAUACUGACAGAAGAUAUAAAAACCCACCAUUGGCCAAAAGAUGAAAAACCAUGUUUGGAUCAAAUUCUUAAAACAAUUAUUAAUAUUAAGAAUUCUACACUUUGGGCAACAUGGAUAUGGGACAGCAAUCAAUUACCAGUCGGUCAACUGAUGGGUUCAAAACACCAUCUAGGGAACUACGAUCAGUGUAUUACUGAACAAAUUGGCAGCUCCUCCCCACCGUUUCGUACGAAAUAUUGUUUGACGGAUAUCGUACUCCUGUCUGAUAAGGAACUGAAAGUUUUGCCACAGAAUAUUGACCCUUACGGUCGAACGGAAGAGUAUAUAAACACGAAAACAGAAUGGAAUCAACAUUUCAACGUAAUAACAUGGGGUGUAUGUGUGCCGGAAACCUGUCAAAAGGAAUCCGUGAAGAAAAUUUUAAGAACAGUAUUAGGACAGAGUUAUUUAGGAAGACUGAAAUUACAAUACGACAUUAAAAUGGAAAAUUGUGAACUAGCAGGAGAAGCGAAGAGCCAUAUUGAUGGAUUUAAUAUUACUAUGGUUGCAGCAUUCAUCAUGAUAGGAGUGGUUCUUUCGUGUACAAAAUACAUAUCCGAGCACCAGAGAGUAAAUUCUACACUAAAUAACAUCAUCAAAUGUUUCUGUAUCAAGAGGAACAGUACCAAUUUCUUAGCAAGACCAAAGAAUGACAUCAAAGUAUUGAACGGUAUGAGGUUCAUGUCAUCCUGUGCUAUUGUACUGGCACACUCUAUUAUGACAUGUAUGUUGUUUAGUUCUGGAAACACGUUGGAUUUUGAAAAGUACCUCAACAGCUAUGGUAAAUUUAUAUUGAACCUGGUCAUCGUUGUUGACACGUUUUUCUUGAUGUCCGGACUCUUAUUCAUCAGGAGCAUCAAAGCUAACAGUACGCUAUGGGAUCUUCUGAAAAUGCUCAUCAAAAGAUAUUUUAGGCUUAUAUGGUGGUACAUAGCUGUUCAAGUAACUAUAAUUUUCAUACUGCCUCGCUUCGGCUGCGGUCCGCUUUGUUCGAGAUAUAUGGAUUAUGAACAAGGAGCUUGUCUUAAAACUUGGUGGUUAGGUUUGCUGAUGAUGGUCAAUUAUAUCGACAGGACUAAUAUUUGUCAUCCUCCAUCUUGGUAUAUAUCAAGCGAUUUCCAGUUAACAUUGCUGGCUACGUUAUUAUUUUGGAUACAUCAAAAACAUCCACGAAUAGGAAAGAUCUGUUUUAGUAUUUUGGCAUGCCUCAGUAUUCUACUGCCGGGUAUAGCAGCGUACAAUACGCCAGAACUAGGAGAUAAUCCAUUUCACUUCCAAUUAUACAAUGUAAUGAGGAAUGUAGAAGAUUCUAAAUUUUUCGCAUCAUACUUACAAACACACAAUAGAGCGAGCCCUUACCUCGUGGGCCUGAUGCUCGGAUAUGUUAUGAACAAUUACGGAGUAAAGGGUUUUAGAAAUAACUUUACAAAGAAACAAUUAUUUGUUUACGUUACGCCAUUUAUCGCUGCAAUCGUAUAUUUACAUACGUGGAGUUACAAUCUACAAGUAAUGUUAUACAUUGUCUUACAUAGAAUUAUGUGGGCUUUUUUUAAUUGCGGAAUAAUAAUUAUGUGCGAAUAUGGAAGUUUGCCGUACAUCAAAGAAUUUCUCUCAUGGUCUAUCUUCUUGCCGCUUAGUAAACUAACAUAUGGGAUAUAUAUGAUACAUUGUGUUACAAUAAUGUAUAAUUCUACAUCAAUGCGAAGUCCUCUGCACUACAAUGGUUAUUUAUUAACUGAAAAAUUCUUAGGAAACUUAACUUUGUCUUGCUUCAUAAGUUUAUUUUUCUUGCUGUUCGUCGAAGCGCCUCUCAACAAUCUAAUCAAAAUGUUGCUUGAUUCAAUUGGCAAUAAAGAAUUAAAGAAAAACAUCGACAAGAAUACAGAAGCUACAGAAUCAUCAGAGGAUAAAAACAAAGAUUUAUAACAAACUUAUUGCAAGCGUUUCUUUCCGUGUGAAACUAAAAAAAAUGUAACCUGUCUAGAUGUGGGCUAUCCGUGUAAUGUCUACUUUAUUCCUUAAAUGUCUUUUUAGUGUUAAAUAAAGCGUUAUUAAUAAAUACAACAAUUAUUGCUGAUAUAAAUUUCACAGGCGCCUAUAAUUUGUAAGUUAAUUUGAA